AUGGGUGUUCCCGCCAUGUUUCGCUGGCUCAGCCAGAAAUACCCCAAGAUCGUGUCCACUGUCAUAGAGGACCAACCGAAGAAGGUCGGCGACCAGGUCAUCCCGGUCGACCGCACCAAACCGAACCCCAAUGGCGAAGAGUUCGAUAACCUGUAUCUCGACAUGAACGGCAUUGUCCACCCAUGUUCGCACCCCGAAGACAAGCCUGCGCCCAAGACCGAGGCUGAUAUGAUGGUUGCCAUCUUUGAGUACACUGACCGUGUCGUCGGUAUGGUGCGCCCUCGCAAGCUGCUCUACAUGGCUGUUGACGGUGUCGCCCCUCGUGCAAAGAUGAACCAACAACGCUCUCGUCGUUUCCGCUCAGCCAAGGAGGCCGCUGAAAAGGACGAAGAGCGUGCUGAAUUCGUCAAGAUGCUCAACUCUCAGAAGGCCAGCCGCGGUGAAGACAUCUCAAGCAUAGAGGAGGUCGUCGAGAAGACGUGGGACUCCAACGCUAUCACGCCUGGUACGCCUUUUAUGCAUCUCCUUGCUGAGUCUCUCCAAUACUGGUGUGCCUACAAGUUCACAACCGAUCCUUCGUGGAAGGACAUGAAAGUCAUCAUCUCCGACGCUUCUGUGCCUGGUGAAGGUGAACACAAGAUCAUGAACUUUGUUCGCUCGCAACGCGCCAUGCCUACACAUGACCCCAACACUUCCCACGUCAUCUACGGCUUGGACGCUGAUUUGAUCAUGUUGAGUCUUGCAACCCAUGAGCCUCGUUUCCGUGUACUCAGAGAAGAUGUCUUCUUCGACUCGGGUAAGGACAAGGUGUGCACACGCUGUGGACGAAAAGGUCACAUUCGCAACAACUGUGAAUUCCCUGACGACGGCAAGAAGCUUACAGAGGAGGAGGCUGCUGAAGAGUGGGCCUCGUCUGAGCACCAGCUCAAGCCUUACAUCUGGCUUCAUACUGGCAUAUUGCGUGAAUAUCUAGCUGUCGAGAUGGAUACACCUAAGAGGACAUUCACCUACGACCUAGAGCGCGCACUUGAUGAUUGGGUAUUUAUGUGUUUCUUUGUUGGAAACGAUUUCCUGCCUCAUCUACCCAGUUUGGAGAUUCGCGAUCAAGGUAUCGAUCUGCUCAUCAGCAUUUGGCGAGAUCUAGCUGCGGAGAUGGAUGACUAUGUUACCAAGGACGGUUACCCAGACAUGCGCCGCGUGCAGCAGAUUCUGACUGCUCUCGCUGGCAAGGAGGCCGACAUCUUUAAGAAGCGUAAGGAAGUCUCGGACCGCCAGGCUGCCAAGCGUGCUCAGCGCGAGGCUGGUAAUUUCAGAGGCCGUGGAGGAAGCCGCGGAGGACACAACGAUCGCAACAACGGCGCACCACCAUUCAAGCGCGUCAAGGAGGACACAAGCACCUACAUGAACUCCGGGGUCCUCUUCUUCGCUCCGCAAGAUGCGCAAUCGAGCGAGGUCCGUGACGCUCACAAGGACGUGCUUCACAACCGAGAUGUCCAGACCAACAAGAGUGCUGCAGCCCGUCUAAAGGAGAUGAUGAAGGCAAAGGGAGACGGCACGGCUCCUCCUACGGAUGAAUCUAGUCCUGCUUCCGAGUCAGUCUCAGGCGCAGACACACCCGUCGUUCUAGGCAAACGCAAGGCAGAUGAAGUCGAAGAUGCGGACAACGGCACACCUGGGCGCAACACUCCUGUCGUGCCUGAUGACCCGGUGCAAGCCGAGAAGAAAAAGGAUGAUGCGCCACCGGAGGACACCAUCAUGCUUUGGGAACCCGGUUACGAGGAGCGAUACUACCAGCAAAAGUUUCAUGUUGCGCCUGAUGACAUUGCCUUCCGCAACAAGGUCGCUCGCCAGUAUGCUGAGGGUCUUUGCUGGGUGCUGGCAUACUAUAUGCAAGGCUGCCCCUCUUGGACCUGGUACUUCCCUCAUCACUACGCUCCCUUUGCUGCCGACUUCGUAGGCCUCGAGGACAUGAACCCACGUGAACUGUUUGAAAAGGGUGUGCCAUUUCACCCCUACGAACAACUCAUGGGUGUUUUGCCUGCCGCGUCCAACCACGCCAUCCCAGAACCAUUCCGCGUCCUCAUGGAAGACCCCGAGAGUUCGAUUUACGACUUCUACCCUGUCGACUUCCCCAUCGAUCUCAACGGGAAGAAGUUUGCUUGGCAAGGUGUCGCCGUGUUGCCGUUCAUCGAUGAGAAGCGACUACUCGACGCCAUGGCCACCAAAUACCCCGAACUUUCGCCUGACGAAAAGGCGCGCAACGAGUUUGGCAAAGAGACCCUGAUGUUCUCCCAAGAAGGCAAGCUGUUCAACGAUGCCAACACAGCGCUCUACCGCACCGCUGUCAAGAAGCACAGCAUUGAUCCAGAAAAGUCCGGCGCCCUCCACGGCGAGAUCGAAACCCACGACCUCUUCGUUCCGGACAGCCAGCUUGUACCUCCCUUUGAUGUUGACGGCGAAACCGACUUCGAGAUUGUGCAGGACGGCUCAAUGAGGGUCUAUUACGAGAUGCCCCCACUGACCGCCGACAACGCACACAAGUCCGUCCUCCUCAAGGGCGUGAACCUCCCCACCCCAGUUCUCAGCGAGGGCGAGAAGGCUGCUGUUAAGCGAAACCAAGAUCGCGGCGGCCGCGGCGGAUACCGUGGACGUGGUGGAGGUUACAAUGACCGUGGCGGCCGUGGCGGUCGUGGUGGAGGAGGUUACAACAACAACCGCGGAGGCUACAACAACGGCGGCUACAACAGUGGUAACAAUGGAAGCUACGCCGCGGGACCACCUGGGUUCGCCGCCCCGCCUUUCGUGCCAGGUGCACAAUCUUGGCCCCCGCCGCCUCAGGGUGGUAUUCCACCGCCUCCACCAGGCUGGGUGCCUCCUCCAGGCUUUGGAGCACCAGGCGGGUUUGCGCAGGGCUCGCCUGGCUUUGCGCCACCGCAGCAGCAACAGGCGCAGAGACCGGCUUGGAUGGGACAGCAACAGCCCAGGGGCCCACCGCAAAGUCAUGCUGGUGGAAACGGAUAUGGCGGCGCGAACAGGGACGGCUACUCUGGUGGAGGAGGCGGUGGAUACGCUGGUGCAAGAGACGGGUAUCAGGGAGGCGGUGGGGGACGCAACGGUGGAUAUCAAGGGAAUAAUCCUUACAACGACCGUCCACCCAGGAACGACCGUGGUGGCGGAAGGGGACGUGGUGGCUACGGAGGUGGCGGCAACAGACAAGGCGGCCACAACUCGAACGACUACCGCUAA